AUGGCCCUGGGCCAGGGCAUGGGGCCCAAGGCAGUGGAGCUCGUGGAGACAGGGGCACAGAGGGGCCUCUGGAACUGCCACCUGCUGCCCAAGUGGCUGAAGACCCUUGAGAAGCUGCUGGAGCGGCUGGCGCGCCCCCACAAGGACUUCAGGCUGUGGCUCACCACGGAGCCCUGCGAGGCCUUCCCCCUGGGAGUGCUACAGCGGUCGCUCAAGGUGGUGACCGAGCCGCCCAAUGGUCUGAAGCUCAACCUGCGCCAGUCCUACGGCAAGAUCUCGGACGAGCUGCUUGACGACUGCCCCCACCCCGCGUUCAGGAGCCUCGUGUAUGUGCUGGGCUUCUUCCACGCCGUGGUGCAGGAGCGGCGCAAGUACGGCAAGCUGGGCUGGAACGUGCCCUACGAUUUCAGCGAGACAGACUUCCGCAUCAGCAUGGCCCUCAUCAGCACCUACCUCACUAAGGCCGCGCUGGCGCAGGAGCAGCAGCAGCAGCAGCAGCAGGCGCUGCUCCGGCAGCAGGAGGCGGCGGCGGUGCCCUGGGGCACGCUGCGCUACCUCAUAGGGGAGGCGAUGUACGGCGGCCGCGUGUCGGACAGCUUUGACCGGCGCGUGCUGACCACAUACCUGGAGGAGUACAUGGGCGACUUCCUGUUCGACGCCUGCCAGCCCUUCCACUUCUACGCGCCCAGGGACGGCGCCCCAGGCGGCGCCAUCGACGUGCCCCAGCCGGGGCCGCGCGACGCGUACCUGCGGGCGAUAGAGGCGCUGCCGCUGGUGCAGAGCCCGGAGGUCUUCGGCCUGCACGCCAAUGCCGACAUCUCCUACUACACCGCCGCGGCCAAGGCGCUCUGGGCGGGCCUCGUCGACCUGCAGCCCCGCGCGGGCGGCGGCGCCGGCGGGGGCGGGGGCGGCGGUGGGGCUGGCGGCGCGCGCAGCCGCGAGGAGCUGGUGGCGGGCGUGGCGCGCGACAUCCACGGGCGGCUGCCGGCGCCGUUUGACGUGCCGCUCAUCCGCAAGGCCAUCGGCGUGCCGUCCCCGACACAGGUCGUGCUGCUGCAGGAGCUGGAGCGGUGGAACGCGCUGUCGGCGGCCAUGGCCUCCAGCCUUCACGACCUGCAGCGCGCCCUGUCAGGAGAGGUCGGCUUCAGCGGCCCCCUGGAGGAGCUCUCCGCCGCGCUCGCCAACGGCAAGCUGCCGCCCGCCUGGGGGCGCCUCGCGCCGCCGACGCAGAAGCCGCUGGGGCCGUGGAUGGCGUGGUUUGCGCGGCGGCACGAGCAGUACGCGGCGUGGGUGGAGGGCGGCGAGCCCAAAGUCAUGUGGCUGGCGGGGCUGCACGCGCCGGAGACGUACCUGGCUGCGCUGGUGCAGGCGGCGUGCCGCGACAAGGGCUGGCCGCUGGAUCGCAGCCGGCUGUACACGCAGGUCACGCGGCUCACGGACGCGGGGCAGGUCGAGGAGCGGCCCAGGCACGGGUGCUACGUGAGCGGGCUGUACCUGGAGGGCGCUGCCUGGGACCACGACGCCGGCCAGCUGACGCGGCAGGCCCCCAAGCAGCUCGUGCAGGAGCUGCCGCUGCUGCAGAUCAUCCCCGCAGAGGCGGCGCGGCUCCGGCUGGCCAACACGUUCAGGGCGCCCGUGUACGUCACCCAGUCGCGGCGCAACGCCAUGGGCGGGGGCCUGGUGUUCGAGGCUGACCUGGCGACGGGGGAGCACCCCAGCCACUGGGUGCUGCAGGGGGUGGCGCUGGUGCUCAACAUAGACCGGUAG